AAUAUAACCCAUUGUUCCAGUCUGCAGUCACAGCUCGUUGCAUUAGCUUGUAGUGGUUGUGUACGUCGCUGUUCGAUUUAGCGUAUUAUAGUUUUAACUUUAGCUGUUUUUCGUUUUUAUUUCUGUUAUUUAAAACUAACGACAAACAUCAAACAUGUUUGCGUCCAUCAAAGUCGACGAACAAUUGUUCAAAACGUAUGUGUUCUAUUCUGCCAUUUUGGUGUUGAAAGUUUUGGCCAUGGCGAUGCUGACGGCUAGACAUCGGAUUGCCAAGAAGAUAUUUAUGAAUCCCGAAGACAGACUGGACAGAACGUCCAAAGUAAAAUUUGACGAUCCCGACAUCGAAAGAGUGCGAAGGGCACAUCUCAACGAUUUGGAAAAUAUUCCAUUUUUUAUCGUAGCCUGUUUCGGAUACAUGUUGACCAAUCCGAAUGUGGUUUUGGCAACAAAUUUAAUCCGCCUGUUUGUCGGUGCCAGAAUUUUACAUACGAUUGUUUAUGCCGUAGUCGUUUUACCGCAACCUUCCAGGGGAAUAGCGUGGUUCGCUGGGUACGGGACGACUAUUUACAUGGCCGUUCAGACCAUUUUAAGUUUUUUGUAAUAAUAAUAUAGUUGGUAUUAUGGGUAGUAAUAAUAGUAGGUACACGGUUUUUACUUAAUGUAGUCUUAUCGACUGAAAUAUUAUUUGUUCAGUAUAAUUUAAUUUUUUUUCUUCUAAUAAUGGUUUUUAUUUAAAUUUUAAGGGGGAAAUAUUGUAACAAAUGACACCCGUUGAGAGUUUGUAAAAAAAAAAUUUUUAAAAAUACACUUGCAUGCUAUAGAUGGUUUUUUUUUUUGGAGAUGUUUUUAGCGAGGUGAUGGUCUUGUAACGUUGAACGUGACGAAUGUCUGAAAAAAGUAACAUUACACUUUUACCAACUAAAAAUAAUUUUGUAUCCAAAGACAGACGGCAUCUGAUACGAUAAUAAGCAAUGUCAUUAUAUGAAACAGGGUAAUUUCAUUCAAAUAACAUUGUAUUUUUUAUAAACAUAAUAUACACCAAAAAACAGUAUCGUAAUAUCAGUAUAGUAA